AUGUGCACCAUCUUCUGGCGCCUGAUAAUUGUAAAAAAAACCCUUAACAACGCCAAGUCACUCCAGGGGCCCCAUGAGAAACGAUUGCUGCACACCCUGCUGGACCACUACAACGUCCUGGAGCGGCCCGUCGCCAAUGAGUCCGAUCCACUACAGCUAAGUUUUGGUUUGACCCUCAUGCAGAUCAUCGACGUGGAUGAGAAGAAUCAGCUUCUAAUAACAAACAUAUGGUUAAAACUGGAGUGGAACGACGUGAACCUCAGGUGGAACUCGUCAGAGUUCGGCGGCGUCAAGGACUUGAGGAUACCGCCGCACCGCAUCUGGAAGCCAGACGUGCUAAUGUACAACAGUGCUGAUGAGGGUUUCGACGGGACGUAUCCAACGAACGUUGUGGUCAGAAAUAACGGUAGCUGCUUGUACGUUCCACCGGGCAUCUUCAAGAGUACAUGCAAGAUAGACAUUACGUGGUUCCCCUUUGAUGAUCAGCGGUGUGAGAUGAAGUUCGGUAGCUGGACCUAUGACGGCUUUCAGCUGGAUUUGCAGCUACAAGACGACACGGGCGGAGACAUCAGCAGCUUCAUAACGAACGGUGAAUGGGAUCUCCUAGGUGUUCCCGGGAAAAGGAACGAAAUUUACUACAAUUGCUGCCCCGAACCUUAUAUAGACAUAACUUUUAUCAUUAUCAUACGGCGCCGGACCCUGUACUACUUUUUCAACCUUAUUGUUCCAUGUGUUCUCAUCGCCUCCAUGGCUGUUCUUGGCUUUACUCUGCCACCGGACUCAGGCGAAAAACUAUCUUUAGGUGUUACUAUCCUCCUGUCUCUGACAGUAUUCCUAAACAUGGUGGCCGAGACGAUGCCAGCCACCUCCGACGCUGUCCCCUUAUUAGGUACAUAUUUCAACUGUAUCAUGUUCAUGGUGGCGUCUUCCGUAGUUUCGACGAUACUCAUUUUAAACUAUCACCAUAGGAAUGCGGACACGCAUGAGAUGUCGCCGUGGAUCAAGACAAUCUUCCUGCACUGGCUGCCGUGCGUGCUGCGCAUGAGCCGGCCGGGCAUGGAGGCGGAGGCGGCGGCCGGCGGCGCGCGCAACAAGACGCUGCAGCUGCGCGAGCUGGAGCUGAAGGAGCGCUCCUCGAAGAGCCUGCUGGCCAACGUGCUCGACAUCGACGACGACUUCCGCCACCACGGCGGCUCCGCGGCCGGCACCUUCCUGCGCGGCGGCGGCGGCGCGGGCGCCGGCGACGACUCCAGCAGCACCGGCGGCGGUACGCUGCUGCACGGGGCGGGCGCCGCCGGGUCCUGCCUCGGCCCGCACCGCGAGCUCACACUCAUCCUCAAGGAGCUGCGCGUCAUCACCGACAAGCUGCGCAAGGAGGACGAGGCGGCCGAGGUCACCAACGACUGGAAGUUCGCCGCCAUGGUCGUCGACCGCCUGUGCCUAAUCAUCUUCACGCUCUUCACCGUCAUCGCGACGAUAGCCGUGCUCUUCUCGGCGCCGCACAUCAUCGUCACGUAAUGCGCCGGUGCCGCCUCCUCUCUUGUCUCUCUCUCUCUUCGCCUCCUCGCCAUGUCUCUUUGUCUCCCCGCCCUCGCUCCGCCGCUGGGCGGCAGACGGCGCGGGGGCCACCGGUCACGUUCGGCGCCGGCUGGACCGUCUCUCGUGACACCAAAGUGUACUUCGGCGCGUGGCGCUGCUGGGCGGUGACGUCAGUGGCGGGGCCGCUCCACCGCGCCCGGCAGCGACGCCUUUCUGACGCCCGUCGCCCUCCGACCCCGGACGGGGGCACCGGGUCGUCGCCGCUCUCGCACCCGGACCCAGCGGCCGCGCUGGCCGAGGUUGCCCCGGGUGUUCGACUGCGAGUGGAGUAGGCAUCUCGAAACUUUUCCGACAAGUCUUCCCAACAAAUUCACGAAUUGGUAUAGCUAGUGGACUCUCGUGACAUUGCAAGCCAGCCAGUAGGACAUGAGAAAGUUAGGUACCUGCGGUGCGCCAGCGACCUUACAAUCUAGAAGCGCUGCACUAAUAUUAAUCGCUAUACGAACGAUCGCGGGGCAGUAACAUUCGCCGACCGCGACCGCUCCGUAUGAACUCUGAAGCGUAAAGCUUCGAUUCUAGAUUUCGGUUGUGAUUUUGACGCUGUAUUGGGCCUCAAUUUCUUUAGAAAGCUAGCGAAUUGACUUGGAGUAAACGCACGUUUAAAAAAAUCGUGAGCUACUGUUGGAAGCUAUUUCGUUUCUAUUACCUUUUUCUUUUACUCAACCUUCGCUUCAUGACGGGCUAAGUGAUGAAGUAGUGUAAUUUUUUCUUUCACAGGACUGGCUGGAACAGUCAUUUUUUUAACAGACGUGAGAAAAAAGGUUGUCGAAGCCGCUAAGUGACCACUCGUGCGAAAAACUGAAGUGGUCGCCAACUGAUAACUUGUAACCGAGUGACACUAUCUGGGGAGCUUCAUUCCAGAGCAGGUUCAGUUGCUCAGGACCUCCGAGUUUAUUUUAAAAUGCGAAGUACACUCAAUACAUCCGCCUAGGAGAGCAGUCGUCGAAUUAAAUCUUGUAUUCCACUGUCAGUAUUGUUUGUUUAUAAAGAUUACGCGAGUGCCUGUUGUAGAAUCGACAAGUUCCCUGCAUGUAUGUACUCCAUCAAACUAGAAACGCGACGUGGAUGUCUGCAACUUACCGCGGUUCCACACUUUCUGUGAAUGGCAAGCUACGUCAUAUCAGAGAUAGUGAUGUUUCUAGGGGAGACACUUUUUAAACCCAGUGAAUUGCGUACAGGGAUUAGCGACGCAAGACUUUCUGUAGAAGGCAGUCAUAUUUUUGAACAACAGUAUUAUUUUGUGACGACAGUUGUUGCAAUUUAUUCAAAAUAGACGAAAAAAUUUGUUGUGAUAGGCGGAUCCCCCACCCUCAUGGACAUAAACUACAUGCGUGAGGAUGGAAUCUUUUAACGUUAGUAGAAGUGAAUCAAAAUAUUGCUCUUUUUGUAAAUAUGCAUUUACUGAUAAGUAUUCUGCGCUGUGGUCUUACUUCUGUGGCAUGAAAUCAUUUGCGCGAAUGUGUGCCAAAAUGUUUGCCAAGUGUCCCAUUUUAAGAACUGAUGCCAUGCAAAGUGAUGUGAUUGAGGCCAUUAAAUGCAGUAGAGCAUUACUCCAGACCGUCGCUCAGUAGCUAUCGCUCAAUAGUCAUCUAGCUCAGUCUCCUCUAGUACUUUCCUACGCUCUAAAAUUCUUCCGUGUAAAAGAGCAGCCGAUUUCAGAACUAUAGAAUGUAGGUAUAUUGCUUCUUUGAUCACAUGUGAUAAUUCGACUAUUUCCGAACGGUAUUUACACGUGGGAGUUUUGAGGAAAUUUCCAGGCAGCUUCUUGAACGACUUACAAAACAUUUUACGCACUUUUUUAUUCUCUACGGUAUGAAGUCACGAAGUGAUCGAUACAAAGAAAAGUACUUGCAAAUCUCCACUUUGCGGUUAUCUGACACUGAUUUACUAUUCUUUGAAAACAAGAGAAGUGAAAACCAGACUUUCUGUAUUUCUGAUGUUAUACUUUCCUAUCAAGGUUUAAAAAUAGGAGCUACGAAACACAAAUUAACAAACUGUGGAAAGCUCUCUUCGCCUCAGUAGAAGCAUUGUAGAAAAAAAAGAACUUCUAGAGCUUGCUGUAAGUUGCGCGUAUUUUGUACCCCUGAUCAUAAGUAAUGAGGUUAUGCCUUCUGCAUGCCGUUCCAUAGUAAAAGUAAUUUAGAUGGACAUCCUUUAAAUGAUGCUAAAUACAUAUUUUGCCAUAUCACUUUUGUAACUUAAAUAUGAAAUUCUACAUAUCAGAUUUCUGUCAUUAAAAGAUUAAAGCAAACAGAUAAAAAUCUAAAACUCUCUAGACAGUGAGACUGAAUAUGAUUACUGUAAAAAAGUUUCUCUUGUCAACUUGCUAAAAAACAAGAUUAUACUUACUAUUGCUCUAUUAAUCUAAACAUUCAUACAUUUCUAACAUAGUAUUUAGGGCCUAGGAAAGCAAACAACGUGCUUGAUAGGGUCGUGAAGCUCUAGAAGGACUUCCUUUCUUCGAACUGAUACCAUUAGCCUCUUUAUGAGGACAAGAGAUUAAUCUAUAUACUUAGUUGAGAGCUGUAGCACUGAGAGCAAUAUAUUUCUGUAAAUCUCGUCCUAGUAACUUAAAAGUAAGUAGAGUAGAAAUGAUUUUUUUUAAAAAUGUUCUUAUAUUAAUUAGUACUGGUGAACUCUCAAGAGGUUACAGUAAUAGGGGCUGACACCACUUAACUCUAGUAGCGAAUGAAGUUGCCAAGGGCUAUGUGUGCAAACACCUGUUCUUAUUCUUUAACAUGUACAGUGAUUGCCAGAUAGAUUUUCAUGUUAGUAUUACCCUGAAAGAACAACUACCACAAAAAGCAGGAAUUAUACAUUUCUAUGUAUGCUACAAUGCAUAAUAUAUGUGUUUAUGCAUAUUGCACUCUGGCAACAGUAAAGCUACAGAGUUGUUUCAUAAAACUAUAUGUAGUAUACUAGUAUCUGUUACAUCUUUUAGAACCCUUGUGAAUAUAGAAGGGUGUUCGACGGUCUGGUGUGAUGCUAAAUGGGAUUCAAAGUGUUGACUCAAGCCUCCAUGUUAAAUUUCAUUUGACAUAAUGUUAAAAUUACUAUUACUUUUGAAUACAUCAGCACAUUUCUGUGAAAUUUUGUUUGUGAAUUCUAAAUUGGUUACGGUGAAAAGCUUUAUGGUGAGACACAAAUCAUAAUCAUAUUUAUGAAAUGCUAUGCUUAAUUUUAAUUGUGUUAGUGUUAACGGAUCUUUCCCAGGAACACAGAAGACAAAUGAACUGAUGAAAGACUAGAUAUUAUAGGAACCGAAGUGUUAAACAGUUUCAAUAAUUUUUAUACUUAAAUAAAUGCUCAACUUCGUAAAUGGGAAAAUAUAACAAAUUGCCAUGUAAAAAUUGUUAUUGAAUUUAAUAGAAUGGAAUUGCAAUUUUACCUGAAUUCUAAUGGGGUUUUGUAAUACUGUCAACUUAUCUUCUUUCAUCUCGUAUGUUGUAGGAGCGUUUUAGCUCCAAAAAUCCUGCUAUCCUGCAAGAAUUCAUGGGUAAAAUUGAACACUUUGUCCAUCACAUAUUUCAUAACACCAGCUUUAUUUCUGAUGUAACAUGAUUCAAUACUUGAAUUUGACACUAAAGUAUGUAUAAUACCAGAGCAGAUAAGAAAUAAUUUCUCGAUUUUAUUCUUGAUUGAUGUUUAACACAUUUGAAAUUGUAUUGUUGUUAUGAUAAGUUGAUUUUACUCCACAGAAUUUAUAAAAAAGUUGUUUGAUGUAAAAAUAUAACACUGUUGGUAUAUAUAGCUUUUUAGACUACAGCCAAAAUAAUUUACUGCAAUAAACUGAAAUGAUGCAAGCAAACCUCACAAUGGCACUGAAAAUAGAGAUUUUUACUUUUCUCAAAAAUUUAUACAAAUUUUUCAAAAUAAUAUUGGUUAUAUCUGUUGCUAUAAAUUCUGCAAUAAUCGAAACUGGUUGUUUCCCUUUUGUAUACCACAAUCUACUGUAAAGAGUUUUGAGAGACAAAUAAUUUGGAUAUACAAUCUAUGUUAUCAGUUCAUUUUCACACUGGGAUAUCACAUAAUUUCUUCAUAGAUUAUGUUAUGAAUUUCAUUAUCUGAAUGUGCCUGCAGUAGUUGUUCAGAUGUUAAAAUUUGUUUGGCAUUACCCUGUAAUUUGCAGCAUAAGUUAAAUACAUUUUGUUCCAUUCUGUGUUUUGAAGUCGAAAUUUAAGUCUUCUUCUUGGUUUUGCGCAAUACUGAGUUAAUAAUUUAUGCACCACCACUAAAGCAAAUUACUGUCCAAAAAUCUGUUUUAGUAACUUCCAGCUGGGGUACUUUUCAGAUACACAAUUGAGCAGGGAUACCUAUAAAUCAUGAAUCAUUCCUAACACCUCUUUCUAUUUCUCUAUGACAAUCUACAAAACUUCCCUUCGCAUAAACACUGAUGGUGCUUCAGCAGGUUACCGUUUUGACCUGUUGUUUGUAUUGAGUUUAAUAGUAUAAAAGGUCAUCAGGUGAUCAUAAUGUUUGUCAUUGUUAAUGAUGUAGUUGAUAUUACAGUUUAAAGAAAAAUUGUUACAUAGUUAUAAUAAGAAUAAAAUCACAAAGAAAUACUGUAAUUUACAGAAGUAAGUUCAUGAAAGCUAAGUAUGUACUUAUAUACUAUAACAUGAUCUGCUUAGAAAAAUAAAACAUGUAUAUCUAUAUGAUGCCUAGUAUUUUUUGUUGCAAUAUACUAAACACAAAUUUGUUGAAAUGAUACUGCCAACAUCUAAAAAUUCAUUAGUGAACCUUCCAUGAAACAAAAGGGAAAUAGUGGCUGUAAAUGAGAUUUCUAAUUGUGAGAUGCUUCUUUUAUGUACAAUUUUAUAAUGACAUAGACAAUUUCUACAUAGCUCUUCGACAUCUCACCAGUCUGCAUGACAAAUAUCUGUAAGGUACUGUCUUUCAUCAUCCAAUUGCUCAUAGUGUUCUCCCUUGUACAUUUUUGGUGAAAGAAUUGUUCAUCAGAGAAGAGAUGUAAUGUAAUCAUAAUGUACAAUACUACGAAAAUACA